GCAGUAAGAGUAAAGGAGGCAAGCAGACGACGGCUAAAGACCUCAACAAAGACCCUGACGCGGCCGACGACCUGCCUGCCCACAGCAGUGAUGGAGCCAAAGGCCCUCUUAAACGCGGCCAGAGAAGCAAACUGAAGAAAAUUAAAACAAAAUACAAGGACCAGGAUGACGAAGAGCGACAGCUCAUGAUGGAGCUUCUCAAAUCCGAUGGCCCGAAAAAAGAACCUAAGCGCGUUAAAGGGAAGAAAGCUAAGAAACAGCAGCAGCGACUGGCAUUCGAAAAUGUGGGGGACGACCUGGCCAUCCUGAACGCCCUGACCGGCCAGCCAGUGGCGGAGGACGAGCUGCUGUACUGCGUGCCUGUGUGUGCCCCCUACGCCGCUCUCACCAAUUACAAGUACAAGGUGAAGCUGACGCCAGGGACGGGCAAGAAGGGCAAAGCCUGCAAGUCCGCCGUGUCGCUGUUCCUGGCAGCCAAGCCGCAGGUGGCGCGAGAGGCGGACCUCAUCAGAGCCGUCCGCGACUCUGACCUCGCCAAGAACGUUCCCGGAAAAGUUAAAGUUUCCGCGCCCAACUUUAGUAAAAUGAAAAAAUAA